UCCUCCCAAACAACUUUUUGGCUACUCGGCUUCCAGCUUUUUCCUAUCACUCCAUUGAAUCUGGCGACUCAAGGGGACUAGGGUUUCCCCAGCGCCGCCACACCCUCCACCCUCUCCCUCCCAUGUCGCCACCCAAGGUGAUCGCCGGGCCAGCCUGUGUGGUUGGCGAUGAAGGUCGUGGUGAGAUUUUUGCUGAUUCGUUCCCUGGCAAAGGACCUUGGACGCCAAGGCGGCGGCCUCGGACGGCACGGAAGCGUUCGUCAGAUGUGCUAGCCGGCUUCCUCGGCUACACGGGUGGAGAAGAUUUGGCUGAUUGUGGUCGCAACCCAGAUUCCCCACCUUCUGCUCCAGAUCUAAAGACUAAGAAAGGUUUGGAGGACUCCAUCGGCAUGUACACGGUCCAAUGCUACAAAUGUGAGAAAUGGCGCAAGAUCCCAACGAAAAAGGAGUUCGAGACGAUCCGCGAGAGCUUAGCCGAGGACCCCUGGUUCUGUGGCAGGGACCCCAGCGCCGGCCGUUCCUGCAAGCAGCCGGAGGACAUUCCGUUCGAUAGCAGCUGCAUCUGGGUCAUGGAUAAGGCAGGCAUCCCGCGCCCGCCACCUGCGACGGAGCGGCUGGUGAUCAUGCGGCGUGACCUAUCCAAGAUGGACACGUACUACUUGCUUCCCAACGGGAAGCGCGCGCGGUCCGGCGGCGACGUGGAGAAGUUCCUCCAGGAGAACCCAGAGUAUAGGGCGAACCUGCCGGCAUCAAAGUUCUCCUUCGCCACGCCCAAGAUCGUUCCGGCGACUGUGGUAGAGAGCUCACUAUGGAGGGUUGCCAAGGCCGAGGGAAAAGUGUGAGGAGACGGACGUGUUCAGAUUCUGAUUAAUGCUACCAUCCGAGCGGCAGCGGCAGCGGCGGCAACUAGGUACUAUGGAAGUAUGAACUUUAUGGAUGCCUCUGUGUCAUGCAUGGUGCUUAAUAAUGUGAUAGUUCUACAUCACAAUGUUUUAUCCUUGUUUGUUUUGAGUGUGGGUUGUUAAUCACUCUCAUGUUCUGAAUAAAAUGUUCACCUUCAUUAUA